CUCAACUUAGGUCCUGAAUAGAGUUAGCUUUAUGCCCAUUUACUGAUGGGCUUCGAUUAAUGAGAAAAAAAAAAAAGAAACAAUGAGAGAAGGUUUCAGAAGCUAAUAAUCCCAGAGAAAAAGAACAUACGUAUCUCGAGUCUUGAGUUUCCGAAGCACUUACGACGAUCAAAUUAGCGUUUGUUCCGAAUGCGGCAUUGUCGAUGAAGUACAGAACAUUUUCUUUAUACAAGAAUGUCCAGUCCGACUUCUAAAGCUACUUGGACACCUGUGUUCCAUGGUAUAUUUGUUGAUUUGUGCCUUGGAGAAAUGUUGAAGAAUGAACCCGGGUCAACGCGAAUUACCAAGGUGGGUUGGAGGAACAUUGUUGGAUCCUUUUAUGCGAAGACUGGUGUGAGAUAUGACAAAAAGCAAUUUAAGAAUCACUAUGAUUCUACCAGAAAACUAUGGAAAGUCUGGGUCAAGUUGAUUGAUGAUAGCAACAUGAAGUGGGAUCCAGAAACGCGGACGUUUGGUGCUUCUGAGGAAGACUGGCAAAAUUAUAUAAAGAUUAAUAAUAAUGAAGCCAAAUUUUCACAGGCAACCCCAGAAGCUGCGCAGUUUCAGUCUAAGGAAAUCCAGUUUACAGACAAACUCGAUAUCAUCUUUGAUGGAGGAAAUCGAGUUGAGGAAAUGAAAAGGUGGGCCAGUCUCAAGUGGCAGAAUGAUGCUUCAGCUACAUCUCCUUUGCGUGGAAAAGAGCGAGAGAGGAAACGCAAGUAUGUUAGUAGGGAUUAUGAAUCAGAUACGACCAUUAUGGUUGGCUGUUCGCCAACACCAAAAGCUUCUUGGACGCCUGCAUACCAUAAAAUGUUUGUUGAUUUGUGCAUCGAAGAGACAUUAAAGGGGAACAAGUCUGCUACACAUUUUACCAAGGAGGGCUGGAGGAAUAUUGUCGGAUCCUUUAAUGCAAAGACUGGUAUGAAAUACGAUAAAAAACAAAUUAAGAAUCAUUAUGAUUCAACUAGGAAACUAUGGAAAAUCUGGGCUAAGUUGAUUGGUGAUGAUAAGAUGAAAUGGGACCCUCAUACCAAUACGUUUGGUGCUUCUGAGGAAGACUGGCACAAUUGUAUAAAAGUAUUCAUUGCAUUCCCAGAAGCUGCACAAUUUCGGUUUAAGGAGCUCCAGUUUUCUGACAAAUUACGUGUCGUCUUUGAUGGAGCUAUGCCAACUGAGGAAAUGGUAGUAAUGCUUAAAAGGCAAAAUGAUGCCUCAGCUACAUUGCGUGGAAAAGAGCGGGAGAAGAAACGUAGGAAUGCUGGUCGGGAUUGUGGAUUAAAGAGUGCCAUUAUGGUUAAUGCCAUCCCAAUCAGUACAGUUCCAAGUGAGCAGAGCAUGUCCAGUUCAUCACAUCCCAAGGUCAAAGCUGCCUGGACUCCUACAGUGCACAAGAUCUUUGUUGAUCUAUGUCUGCAGGAGACGUUACAGGGGAAUAAGCCCGGGACACAUUUUACAAAGGAAGGUUGGAAAAACAUUAUGGAAUCAUUUUAUGCAAAAACUGGUUUAAAUUAUGGUAGAUUACAACUUAAGAAUCACUGGGAUUCUACCAAGGAACAAUGGAAAAUUUGGUGUAAGCUUAUUGGCACCAGUUACAUGAAAUGGGAUCCAUCUAACCUGAGGUUUGAGGCUAGUGAAGAAGAUUGGAGCAACUAUUUACAGGAAAAUCCAGAAGCUUCACAAUUUCGCUUAAAGGAGCUACAAUUCACUGACAUAUUGGAAGGCAUUUUUAAUGGAACUACUGUUACUGGAGAGACUGAACCUACAGCUCAACAGAGGAAAAGUGAUGAUAGUGUUAUUACUUUCCCUUUUCAUACAAAAGAACCUGACACUGUCAACUUUGACGAGAAAACUGAAUGCCAUUGUGAUGCGGUUGCAUCAAGAAAUGGUGCAAGUAUUCAAAAGAAUGGUAGUGCAGUUUCAUCCACUGAAGGCAAAUGCAAUUAUAGCAUCGGUGAGUGCAUUGAAUGCCUUGAUAGAAUGGAAGAAAUAGAACAAGGAAGUGAGCUCUACAUGUUUGCUUUAGAUGUAUUCCUUAAGCAGGAAUAUAGGGAAAUUUUUCUGCAAUUGAAAACGCCUAAUCUGAGGAUCUCGUGGUUGCAGCGGCUUCAGUCGAGCGGUCCGCCUCCGAUCUAGGCCUUUGUCAUGCUUUCGGUAUAUAUUUUUUUAUUUUAUAGUACCUCAUAGAAAGUGGUGCCUAGGCAAAGGGGUCCGUUCCUUGCAAUAUGACCGAUGACAUAAACUUUCAAAGGGUUUCCUAAACGAGACCAUACUUGGAAGCUGAAAACUGUAUAUCAAUGACCCAUAGACACAAUAAGUAGUAGCUGAUAAAUAGUUCUUUAGUCUAUUGAUAUUAUUAUAGCGUUAUUUUAAUGUGAAUACCUACCUAUCCAUUUGCACUUCGUUUUAAA